AUGAAUAAGUUUUAUGCUAUGUUCAAAGUGAUCACCGCAAAAUGCAAAAUCACUUCUGAAUCUCCAGAAUUUAGUUACUUUUUCAUUCUCUGGCGGCCAUUCUGGAUUUCACGGAAAACAGCAUUAAAGAGUUAUAAGAAUAUUUCAUUUCGCGGAAAUUACUUUGAACAUGCUAUAAAAAUUCCUAAUUAUUUAGAACACGGAGUUGUUACACAGAACGCCUAUUUCUUUCUUUGAGUGCGACAUGAAUUUCUGCGUUAAGAAACGCAUUGAAAAAUAUUGUUCCAAAAGCUUGGUAUAGUGCGUUCCGCGCAAGACGGCCACAUUUUAGAAGAACAGAAAAAAAAAUCUAUAGUGAAAACAAACUUUUGCUCUAAAAACUGCUAAAAAGACAGAAAAAAAAGACAAGAGUCUAGAUAAAAGGCUCUACAAAGCAGUAAUACUUUGAAGAAUCAAAAAAUGUCUCCCAAUGCAAAAAACUUUUUCAAACAAAAAAAAAAUACAAAAAUGCUGUUUCGAAGCAAUUUCGGAGUUUUAUGAAUAAAAAUGCAGUCUUUUCGAAACAUGCUUCAAUCCUACUUUCAAAUCGCCAUGAUAGAUUUUUUAAAUAACAAAAAAAAAACCAAAAAAGGAAAAGAAAAAAGUUUGGCCUAAAAAAAUUUUCGGAAUCGAAAUUUUUCGUUGGAGCAUUAUUGCAUUGUAAUAAACACUUUACGUACAACACACUUCAAUUCACGACAAUAUUUUUUUAUUUAAGUUUUUCAAAUUCUCUUUAUGAUUUUUUAGUUCUUUGAUUUCGAAGAUUCAGAACGUAAAUCUGCGUUUUUUUGUGAAAGUUGUGCCGUAACUCUGAAUUUGAACCAAACAGCUUUUUUUUUUUUUUUUGUAUUCAUGAAAGAUCGAUAUAUCGUUUCAGAAGAUGGCGGAUAAAGAAAAAUGAAAGCGACACCGUCUCACAAUUGUCCUCAAAACUGAACAAGAUCCCGAAUUUUGAGACAGUAAAGCAGAUUGUAAGUUUAAUUUUUCUAUUUUCAUAUCUGACCUUGCUUUAAGGCUCCCGAGGACGUCCCAUUUGAAGAAGAUAUACUUCGUAAUCCAACUUCAGUGAACUGCUGGCAGAGAUAUAUAGAUCAUAAGAAACAAAGUAAAGCAUCUCCUAAACAAAUUUUCUUGGUAAAGUUGAAACCGUAAAAAUUUUUCAAAUGCAAUUUAAGAUCUAUGAACGAGCUUUAGCCGUUUUUCAACGUAGUUACAAGAUCUGGUUUCAUUAUCUGAAGUUCAGGUAAUCUUUUUUCCCUUUCCAGAAGUUCUAGUUAAUCACAGAGAGAACACGAUUUGUCACAAAUGUCCGACGGACGACGCUUGGAAAUAUCUGUGUGACGCAUACGAACGCUGUUUGAUGCGCCUACACAAGGUUUUUUCAUUGUUUUAUUUUAUGAUUAUGAAUCAAUACUGUUCAGAUGCCGCGUAUUUGGCAGUGCUACUGCGAAAUAAUGAUAAAAAGAGGAAUAAUCACCGAGUCGCGGAGAGUUUUCGAUCGUGCACUCCGUUCCUUGCCAGUUACUCAGCACUUGAGAAUUUGGAACAUAUAUGUUGGAUUCUUGAGCUCACACGAUCUUCCUGAAACAACCAUUCGAGUUUAUAGAAGGUACAAGGAAUGAUAGUUUUAUAAUAUAGGUGUUUUUCUAGAUAUCUCAAGUUCAACCCUCGUGCUCGAGAGGAUUAUAUUGAAUAUCUUAUUUCUCGCGACCAAAUAGAUGAAGCGGCUAAGGAACUGGCUACGCUAGUUGAUCAAGAUCAAGCAGUUUCCGAAAAGGGCAAAACAUCGCAUCAGGUUUCUACUGUCACUUUCGCUUUUUCCACUUUUGUCUUCAGUUGUGGACACAACUGUGCGAUUUGAUUUCAAAGAAUCCUGUAAAAAUCUUUUCGUUGAACGUUGACGCGGUCAUUCGUCAAGGAAUUCAUCGUUACUCUGAUCAGGUUCAAUUUACUUUUUUUGUCAUUUUUUAACAGAGCAAAUAUAGUUUUAAACUGUCUAUCUAAUAGAGCAAUUUGGCUUCAGGUGGGAUAUCUGUGGUGCUCUCUUGCUGAUUAUUACAUCCGUAGCGCAGAGUUCGAAAGAGUAAGCUUUUUAAAAGUUUGAUUAUUUAUUUCGUGCACUUUUCUUAAGGCAAGAGAUGUCUACGAGGAAGCAAUGGCAAAGGUGGCGACAGUUCGAGAUUUCACUCAAGUUUUUGAUGCGUACGCCAAUUUUGAAGAAAGGGAAACGGCCAUUAUGAUGGAGGAGGUAGAAAAGACAGGAGACCCCGAAGAAGCUACUGAUCUGGAAUGGAUGUUCGAGAGGUGUGUGAGAAAUUAUUAAAUGCAUUUCAAGUUGUAUUUACAGAUUUGAGAAUUUGAUGGAACGAAGAAAUCUUUUGUUGAACAGUGUUCUCCUGAGACAGAAUCCGCACAACGUUGCCGAAUGGCUGAACAGAGUGGAGAUAUUUGAAAAUGACUACGAGAAGGUCAUUUUUCCCAAUUUAUUCCUUACUUCACUAUAAGAGUUUCAGCAAGUGGAAACGUUCAAAGAAGCUGUGAAAGCAGUCGAUCCGCGGCUUCAGGUUGGCAAAGCAAGAGACUUGUGGAUAUCAUUCGCUAAAGUUUACGAAAAGCACGAGGAACUGGAUGAGGUAAGCAAGAUGAGAUCCUAUUUUUCCUCAUUCCAUAAUUUUUCAAAGACGCGGAAAGUUUUUGAAACGGCCGUGAAAGCUCCUUUUGCGUCAGUUAGUGAGUUGGCCAAUGUUUGGUGCGCAUACGCCGAAUUCGAAAUGAGACACAAGUUGGUUUUCAUUUUUCUUCUAAAUCAAUUUUUUUUACUCGCAACUUUUCAUGAGUAUGGGUUUUAUACUAGGACAAAGCGUUCUAGAAAACACUAUCCAAACUAUUAUUGAAGGCUGAACCCCUCUUUUAUAGUAAAGAAAUACUUUUGGAGGUUUCGGUUUUUCAUAGGAACCGAUUAUUUUAGUCGAAAAGUCAAUAAUGAGCUAUUCAGCAUAUAUUUCGGUUUCAGCUCGUAGAAAAUCGUAAUUCUGAAUGCUCUCAGACUUCAAUACGUUUCUGGUGAAGAUAAGGGAGUUCCUGCCGUGCUCAGCUCAGAUUUUGACUAUUUUGAUGAAAGGCACAUAAACUAGAAUAAUCCCUUACAUGCGCUAAUUGCAACUUAUUAAUUUUUCAUUUGACUGUGUCUCUAACCACACACAUUCUCGGGUUUAGUCGUCCGAAAGUUGCCUUGGCUCUUUUGCGACGAGCCUGCACGCCUCCCCAGGCCAAUGAAAUCGACAGUCUGCCUCCGGCUCAAGCGCGCGUCUACCGUAGUCCAGUUCUUUGGGGACAGUAUGCCGACUACGAAGAAUGCAUUGGAACGGUAGAUUUUGUUUUUUGAGAGUAUGUCAAAGAAUGAUCUCUCAGGUUGAAUCCUGCAAGAAGGUCUACGAACAGAUGAUCGACCUACGCGUUGCGUCACCUCAGAUGAUCAUGAAUUUUGCCCUCUUUUUAGAGGAAAACGAAUAUUUCGAAUUGGCCUUCCAGGUUUCUUUAUUCACAUCACAAUAGAUGUUGAAACGGCUUUUCAGGCUUAUGAACGUGGAAUCGCUCUUUUCAAGUGGCCCAACGUGUUUGACAUCUGGAACACCUACCUUGUCAAAUUCAUCAAACGAUAUGUCAGUGAAGAAUUCGCUCUGAGUAAAUUAAAAUCUCUUUUCCAGGGAGGCAAAAAAUUGGAACGUGCACGUGACUUAUUCGAGCAAUGUUUGGAGUCUUGUCCUCCUAAAUACGCAAAAUGUGAGAUUUCCGGUUAAAAAUGAAUCCUUUUUGUUCAGACAUAUUUUUGCUUUAUGCCAAAUUGGAAGAAGAGCACGGAUUGGCUCGACACGCCUUGUCCAUUUAUAACAGGGCAACUUCUGGAGUUGACCGCACCGAUAUGCACUUGGUUCUCUUUUUUUUUCGUCUUCUCAUUGAAAACCAUUUUUGCAGAUGUACAAUAUUUAUAUCAAAAAAGUGCAAGAAAUGUACGGAAUUGCUCACUGUCGCCCUAUAUAUGAGCGGGCGAUUGCUGAAUUGCCCGAAGAAAAGUCCAGGUAGCUGUCUUCGUCUUUCGGCUGUUAUUUUCCGAGAUCUUUCCAGAUCUAUGAGUCUCCGAUAUGCCCAACUGGAAACAACGGUUGGCGAAAUCGACCGCGCAAGAGCUGUUUAUGCACACGCGGCCGAGAUAUCCGAUCCUAAGGCCUGUCUGCUGUAAUAACUAAGCUUUUGAACUGGUUUUUCAGGUUCAUGUCAAGUUCUGGGAAACUUGGCGGACGUUCGAAGUGCAACAUGGAAAUGAAGCUACGGUGCGCGACAUGCUGCGUGUGAAACGCUCCGUUGAGGUGAGUCUUUAAAAUUGGUCGAAGCUAUGAAAAAUAUUCUCCUCUAUCAGGCUUCUUACAAUGUAAACGUUACAUUGACGUCGGUACAAAUGCGAGUAGACGCCGAGAGGAAAACGAAUGAGGUUUGAUUCUUUCCUCUCAAACUCUUUUUUGAAAAGUCCUUUUUUACAGACGACAACUGGUACUACGGACGCCAUGGAUACUCUGGACAGAAGCGCCCCCGAUCAGGUUCAUUCUUGGCUACUCAUAAUUUUCACUUCUCAUCACGUAGCGUCUGACUUUCUUGAUUCAGGCGGAAGGAGCUACGAUUUCGCAAAUGUCCUUCAACAAAGGAAACAUAUCGUUUGUGCGUGGAGAGAGCAAAACUGUGCAGCAGAGCACCACGGACAAUCCCGACGAGAUCGACAUCGACGCCGAUGAAGAAGAGGAAGAAGGUUCUCGAACAUUGUCAAAACCACCUGAAACAAAAAUUUCAGAAAUGGAUGUUUCUACAAAGGCUGUGCCUGCAGAAGUUUUUGGCGAGCUCAAGAAAUCUGCCGAGGAAGAACUUUGA